AUGGACCCUACUCAACAUUCAUCCUACGCCGGGAAUGACGGAGAUGGCUCUGCUGCUUACUCUCCGAGAUUCUCCUCGCGCGAGUCUCUCGGGUUUUGGCAUGAGGCAGAGUGUCCUGGCGAUUGCCACAUGCUCGCUGACCCCCAGGCCCAAGAAGGCAUUCCCACGGCCCCACCUAUGGUAGCAUUAGACUUGCCGCGCUCUACGGAGCUCUACUCCACCCAUGACCCCAAGUGGUUCCUGCCCAAAUACAAGGUCUGGUUUUGCGACCGUGACCUCGUGGGGAAACUCAUCAUCGUACGUUACGAUCAACGUCGUGGCUGCAUCGAAGGCCACCAGCUCGUGGCCGUGUCAAAUCACACACAUCACCAGAACUGGUCCGAAAACCAUCAUGUCAUCAUCCACGCCUUUGAGCCCCGGGUUAUGCUCCACGAGGAUAAGCCCGUCAUCAAAUUCUCGGCUACUAUCAAUCCCGAGUCAUCCCGGGCACACGAGCUCAUGGGAGGGAAGCGGGGGUUUCAAGCCGAGGUUCCCAUGAUCAUCGACGAGAACCCUAACAACAUGCAUUGCAAUUUCCUCCUCACCCGCCCUCUCGAAUCCCAAGCGAUCACGCAAAACGCCCGACGCCCCUUCCCCUACGGGCAUCUCUGGCCGCCCCCGGCGAUACCGUCUCGCCAGCAUGUUACGGGUACGCCGGCUUUCAACGAUGAGCACCAUCUACUUGCGCGCCCCGAACUUCCCACAAGCCGCGCAGAGUCGUCCGACGUCACUUUCCGGAUCCGGCAGUGGAUUCACAUGGGCGGCAGCCCACCUACCCGCCUUAUCUACGGACAGGGCCUCGAGACACUCAUGCAAACUCUGACCGGCCAAGUGACGCCGCCCCGCGGACCGGGUACGGGCAGUCAUCUCGUCGACUUUCCCGGACUCACGAGCGUGAAUCUCGGCGAAGAGGUCAUUACGUACUCCACUUUGGACCCGGCUCUCUACACACCAACCAACCUCAAGCCGUGGAGGGGCAUCUGGGUAGGAGACUAUAGCGCACACGGUUGCGAGUUCCUUCUCAUCCACCAGCCCGACGAUGUCGUAGCGACAGACGAAGACCUCGGCCUUGUUCGCUCCGAGGGGAGCCCGAAGCAGCCUGGGAGAAGCGCCGGCGCGAUGCGCGGAUUUAUCGCGGCCGACUUGAGGCCAUCAAGCUGA